UGGCGGCAGUACGGCGCCGCGCCUGGGGAGUGGCUCUCCCCUCCCCCUCCCCCCGGUUCCUUGGCGGUGGCUCCUCCCACUGGGGGGGUGCGGCGGCGGUGGCAUCUACAGCUAUGGCGGCGACUACUGCUAAUCCCGAAAUGACAUCAGAUGUACCAUCACUGGGUCCAGCCAUUGCCUCUGGAAACCCUGGGCCUGGAAUUCAAGGUGGAGGAGCCAUUGUCCAGAGGGCUAUUAAGCGGCGACCAGGAUUGGAUUUUGAUGAUGAUGGAGAAGGGAACAGUAAAUUUUUGAGGUGUGAUGACGAUCAGAUGUCUAAUGAUAAGGAGCGGUUUGCCAGGUCGGAUGAUGAGCAGAGCUCUGCGGAUAAGGAGAGACUCGCCAGGGAAAACCAUAGUGAAAUUGAACGGCGCCGACGGAACAAGAUGACAGCCUACAUAACAGAACUGUCAGACAUGGUACCCACCUGUAGUGCCCUGGCUCGAAAACCAGACAAGCUAACCAUCUUACGCAUGGCGGUUUCUCACAUGAAGUCCUUGCGAGGAACUGGCAACACAUCCACUGAUGGCACCUACAAGCCGUCUUUCCUCACUGAUCAGGAACUGAAACAUUUGAUCUUGGAGGCAGCAGAUGGCUUUCUGUUUAUUGUCUCAUGUGAGACAGGCCGGGUGGUAUAUGUCUCUGACUCAGUGACCCCUGUUUUGAACCAGCCGCAGUCUGAAUGGUUUGGUAGCACACUCUAUGAUCAGGUGCACCCAGAUGAUGUGGACAAACUUCGUGAGCAGCUUUCCACUUCGGAAAAUGCCCUGACAGAAUGUACUCCAGACUGUUCUUCACAUCCUUCUUCAGGGCGUAUCCUUGAUCUGAAGACUGGAACAGUGAAAAAGGAAGGUCAACAGUCUUCCAUGAGGAUGUGUAUGGGCUCAAGGAGAUCUUUUAUUUGCCGUAUGAGGUGUGGCAGUAGCUCUGUGGACCCAGUCUCCAUGAAUAGACUGAGCUUUGUAAGAAACAGAUGCAGGAAUGGACUUGGCUCUGUGAAGGAUGGGGAACCUCAUUUCGUGGUGGUCCACUGCACAGGCUAUAUCAAGGCCUGGCCCCCAGCAGGUGUCUCCCUCCCAGAUGAUGACCCAGAGGCUGGCCAGGGGAGCAAGUUUUGCCUGGUGGCUAUUGGCAGACUACAGGUAACUAGUUCUCCCAACUGUACAGACAUGAGUAAUGUUUGUCAGCCAACGGAGUUCAUCUCUCGACACAAUAUUGAGGGAAUCUUCACUUUUGUGGAUCAUCGCUGUGUGGCUACCGUUGGCUACCAACCACAGGAACUCUUAGGAAAGAAUAUUGUAGAAUUCUGUCAUCCUGAAGACCAGCAGCUUCUAAGAGACAGCUUCCAACAGGUGGUGAAGUUAAAAGGCCAGGUGCUAUCUGUCAUGUUCCGGUUUCGGUCUAAGAACCGAGAAUGGCUCUGGAUGAGAACCAGCUCUUUUACUUUCCAGAACCCUUACUCAGAUGAAAUUGAGUACAUCAUCUGUACCAACACCAAUGUGAAGAACUCUAGCCAGGAACCACGGCCUACACUGCCCAACACAAUCCAGAGGCCACAGCUAGGUCCCACAGCUAAUUUAUCCCUGGAGAUGGGCUCAGGGCAGCUGGCACCCAGGCAGCAGCAACAGCAAACAGAAUUGGAUGUGGUACAAGGAAGAGAUGGACUAGCCAGCUACAAUCAUUCCCAGGUUUCUGUUCAGCCUGUGACAACCACAGGGCCAGAACACAGCAAGCCCCUCGAGAAGUCAGAGGGUCUAUUUGCCCAAGAUAGAGAUCCAAGAUUUUCAGAAAUCUACUCCAACAUCAAUACGGAUCAGAGUAAAGGCAUCUCCUCCAGCACUGUCCCUGCCACCCAACAGUUAUUCUCCCAGGGCAACACAUUCCCUCCUACCUCCCGGCCGGCAGAGAGUUUCAGAAAUAGUGGUCUGGCCCCUCCUGUAACCAUUGUCCAGCCAUCAGCUUCUGCAGGGCAGAUGUUGGCCCAGAUUUCUCGCCACUCCAAUCCUACCCAGGGAGCAGCCCCAGCUUGGACCCCUAGCACCCGCCCAGGCUUCUCUGCCCAGCAGGUGGCUACCCAGGCUACAGCCAAGACUCGUUCUUCCCAAUUUGGUGUAGGCAACUUUCAGACUCCAUCCUCCUUCAGCCCCAUGUCCCUCCCUGGAGCUUCCACUGCAUCACCUGGUGCCGCUGCCUACCCAAGUCUCACCAAUCGUGGAUCCAACUUUGCUCCUGAGACUGGACAGACUGCAGGACAAUUCCAGACACGGACAGCAGAGGGUGUGGGUGUCUGGCCACAGUGGCAGGGCCAGCAGCCUCAUCAUCGUUCAAGUUCUAAUGAGCAACAUGUUCAACAGCCAUCAGCACAGCAACCUGGCCAGCCAGAGGUCUUCCAGGAGAUGCUGUCCAUGCUGGGAGACCAGAGCAACAGUUACAACAAUGAAGAAUUUCCUGAUCUAACUAUGUUUCCCUCCUUUUCAGAAUAGAACUAUUGGGGUGAGGAUAAGGGGUGGGGGAGAAAAAAAAGAUCACCAUUUGUUUUUAAAAAGCAAAUCUUACUAUAAACAGAAUAAAAGUUCCUCUCCCUUCCCUUCCCUCACCCCUGAUGUAUACCCCCUUUUCCUUCUGACCUUUCCCUUGUCUUCCUUGUUUCUCUCUGAGAGAACAUUUAUAGAAGAAAUGGAGUUGAAUCCUCAAGGCUUUGGGGACCCUUUGAAAAAUUGAGACUGGAUAAGGUUAAGAAUGCCUUUCCUUAUGUCUCCUGACCAGAAAUUUUGUGCAGAGAUGAUUUGUGCUGGGUCAAGGGGCAGGUUAGAGAACCUGGCAUCCACUAUUUGUCUUGGAUACUAUGGCUUAUUUCUGGAAAGAAAUUCUCAAUAAGGUGGAGGAGGGGAGAAAUGUCCUCAUGUUUGAGGACCAUGAAGCAUGGUAGGUAUACAUGGGGCUUUAGGAAGUGAGCAUAGGCUCUUUCUGCUGCCUGUGAGCAAUUCCUCUGGAAAGAAACAUGAGUAAGGAAGUGUGAGAGAGAGAGGGAAAGAGAGAGAGAGAGAGAGAGAGUGUGUGUGUGUGUGUGUGUGUGUGUGUGCGUGCAUGCAUGCAUGUGCACAUGUGUGUGCAUGAGCACGUGCACGUUUGUUUCUGUGUUUCUUUCUCCCUGUUGGGGAGUUAUGCAAAAUUUGUCCCAGAUUUUGUCUUUCUUUGUGUUUUUUAAAGAGUCCUAAGGAGUUAACUCUUCCAGGUAUUUUCCACUUAGUAUUGCAGCCAAAGAGUAUUUAAAUAAAUGUCUUUGCUGCACUUAUAUCUAUGCCCAGCCAAUAGGCAACUAUAAGCAAGUAUAUAAAGUCUUCUAUUGAAAUCGUUGGUUUCUCAUCGAACACAUAUAGUGAUAAAGAUGGGUCAUUCCUGCUUUUGGUGCUCUCACCUUAUAUGGAAGAUCUGUAAACAUUACAGAAGUAGGCUGGCAAGAUAAACACUUUUAGAAACCCCCUACUUGGCCAUAAUGAUAAUGCUGCAUUUUUCUGUCAGAAUCACAUAUGAUGUGUGUUCUGUAGAGGUUAUAUAUGCAUGGAAACUCAACUUCUUGGAUUAGCAGUCCCAGUGAAAAUCCUCACUGGUGGAGUUUAAACCAAAUACCAAGCCUUCUUGCAAAGUAACCUCUUUCAUCCCAUUCUCAAAGUAUCCAGUCUGCAAGAAACGGAGAUUUAGGUCUCUUCUGGGCCUAUAGUUCUUUCCUCUUUGCUCCCUUUCCAAUCUUGAGAUUGGAUUUUGCUUUAUAGUACAAGUGUAAUAAAUCCAUGUGAUAGAUGGGACCUGGACUCCCAUCCCGACAGGGUCACUUAGCAAUUAACUAUAGCCAUAUAAACGCGGAUACAGGUUACUACUCUCACUCUUUCCCUUCCUCAGGUAACAGCCAUGUGUAUCGGCCUUUUUUUGUUUAUUUGUUUGGCUCAGGCCAGUAUCUUAAGUGCAAGAUUGAAUAAGGAGAAGACAUACUAAAUGUAGCCAUAGGGGACUGAGGAACAUAGGUGGCCUUGGAGAGGCUGAAAGAAUGUCAUUAGGUUUCCCUCCCUUUUGUCUCCAAUCUGGUGCCAGGUAGUGGAAUGGAAAAGGAGACAGUUUAUUUUUUUAUUCUAUGUGCACACAUACAAUAUACAUAUAUAUUUAUAUCACAGUUUAAGAAACCAAAAAGUUGAGUUUCCAAUGAAAUCCUUGUUUUUUAAUAAUCAGCUGUUUUUAAAUGUGAUCAGGACUAUAAUAUUGUACAGUUAUUAUAGGGCUUCUGGGGAAGGGGAGGGGCGGGAGAAGAUGCUCUGGGGGUUUUGUUUCUGCUUUUCCUUCAGGGUUUUAUUUUUGAUUUUUUUUUUCCUUGUUGGCCAUUUCUGUACUGCUGGCAUCUGUGCUGAGCCUUACAGUGGCAAAAAUAAUGACAUGUAGCAAAGAUUUUAAAACAAAAUAUUUUUUCCUUUUGUAAAC